GAAACGAAAGCAGAAGCAGGGGGGUGGGAUGGGGGGUAUGUGGGGUGGAGACCGGAGGGGUAUGGGGGCAGCUAUUUAAAAACACCUUCUGCACACAGCCGACACAAACCACGAGUUCGCAGCAUCGGAACGGAGUCGCGCGGCCGGCCGGGAGCCCGUAGGUCAGGAGGGACCGUUUUCCUCAGCGCGCCCUCGAGCAGCGCUCCUCCUGUUCGCGUGUGUGACCCCGACUUUAUUCAGGCAGCUCAAACACAUGAUAUUCGACAGCGUGCCUUCACACAAUAGGUGAUUUUAUUGGGGAAAAUCGCACACCGCCCGCUUCUGGUCCUGACGAGAGUCCGCUCAUGGAAACGCGCUAGCGGCGGCGGCGGGAGAGGCGCGCGCGCGCGCUGAAGGCAGCGCGCGGGAGCAGGUGCGGCGGACGCGAGUAUAUCCUCUCGUUCCGUGCGUCAUUCUGGCUCUGCGAGAAAGCAAAACAGGAGGUCGGGAGAAGUGUGGCGACCCAUUUUAAACACACAGAGAAAUAUUAAACAAGAAGAGGACCAGGAGGUACAGGUGCGGCGACGAGCGGUGUGUUUGAUGCCACGCCGCGCGCUCCUGGACAGGGACCACGAGCACUCGCCGGGCGGGAUGUCAUCUGCCAUCGAGAGGAAAAGCCUGGAGGCCACCGAGGAGCCCGUGGAUGAGGUCCUCCAGAUGCCCCCCUCCUUACUGACAUGCGGCGGGUGCCAGCAGAGCAUCGGCGACCGCUUUUUCCUGAAAGCCAUCGAGCAGUACUGGCACGAGGACUGCCUGAGCUGUGACCUGUGCGGCUGCCGGCUGGGCGAGGUGGGACGCCGGCUCUACUACAAACUGGGCAGGAAGCUGUGCCGCAGAGAUUACCUCAGGCUCUUCGGGCAGGAUGGCCUUUGCGCGUCGUGCGAGAAGCGGAUCCGGGCCUUUGAGAUGACGAUGCGGGUGCGAGACAAGGUGUACCACCUGGAGUGCUUCAAGUGCGCUGCCUGUCAGAAGCACUUCUGCGUGGGCGACCGCUACCUUCUCAUCAACUCGGACAUCGUGUGUGAGCAGGACAUCUUCGAGUGGACUAAACUCAACACCAUGCCAUAGGGCGCCACAGCCCCCGAGGGGUCCUAACACAGUUUUGCCCUCCCCAGCAGUAAGGGGGAGAGAGAGAGAGAGAGAGAGAGAGCAUGAUGGACACAGCAGGCAACGGCCUUCGCUUUCUUCUCAGCAUGUUUGUUUGUACAGCACUGGACCCAUAUAAUCUCUGAGGACUCCCUGUUUUAUGAGCUAAAAACUCUUUUUUAUAUAUCCGUAUGCAGCACUUGUUCUUUUCCGUUAAGCCUGUAACAAUGGACGGAUAUUGGGUAACCAAACAUAAAUCAUGAGGAAGAACAGGAUAAUUUAUUUAAUAUUGUUUUUUACAUGACAAAGUGAUUCAUUGUUAGAUUGUUCUGUUUUAUGUCAUCUAAACUGCACACUGCGCAUGGCAAUUUGAAACAAGUUGGAAAAGGAGGAUUUUGUUUUGUUCCCACAGUGACAUACCUGUAGAGUGAAACAUCUCUGAUUAGUUAUAACCAUUCACUGUAACUGAAAUUAUGGACAAGAAGUAAAAUUUUUGUUUUAGUAAAAACACUAGUCAUGGGCUCGAUUUAAAGCUCUGUCUAGUGAGACCGAGGUUCGCAUGCCAGUUCUGUUUGU